AUGUGUCCCAAGUCUGCUGCUUGGGACCGAGUUCAAAUUAAGACUCAACUUCUGGAGUCGAUAAAAAUGCAACAACAAACAUACAACGGAUUACCACCAGAAUAUACCGAGAAUCGCGCAGGACGCAAAUUUGGUGGUUGGGAAAAUGAUAGUCAUAUGUAUAAUGGAUAUAAUUUUAAUUUUGGUAAUUUGAAGGUUAACGAAAGUAAUCUCAAGGUUCAAAUGGCAUUCGUGCGCAAGGUUUUUUCGAUUUUAUUCGCACAAAUCUCCAUGUCAGCCGUUGUGGCUGGAUUGAUGAUGCAUAAUAACAUUAUUAAAUCUUGGGUUCAAUCACAUGGCUGGAUCAUUUUUGUCGUUUCUAUCUUGACAUUUGUUCUUUUACUCGCCCUUCAAGUAAACCAUCGUUCUUAUCCUACAAAUUUUGUUCUGCUUGCUGCUUUUACGCUUGCAGAAAGUUAUACAGUCGGUACUGUUG